UAUUCUGUCACUGUGUAGAAGGGGCAAUGGCUCCUGUGACCCGACUAGCAACUUCUCACAUAUUUUGCUCUGAUUCAUGACUAUCCCUUAAAAGUGGGUGCUCUGAACUCUUCGAAGAAGGACUCUGUGAGUCAAGCCUGUGGGCGUGUUGCAAUAAAUAGUCAUCGUUUCCUGAUUGCAAUCAGAAGGAAGAAACUGUGGGUACAAAAGAAUAGAGGCUUAAAACUCUGGAGCAAAGCUGUUCACUGCAUCUUCUGGAAUCAAGAGAACAUUUUGACCUACCACAAACAGCAAAACUGAAGAAAGAUCUUUAGAAGAGAGAGGUUUGGGGGGGCCACCAUGAUCCCCCAAAUAUUGAUCCUGUUUUGCGUUGAAAAAUUCUGCAAAAUAGUCCUCAUCCCUGUAUUGCCUGCGAGGAAUCUGAGAUUGACGGCGGAAGUGACAGACAUGCCAAGGCCACUCAGAUACUGAGUGGAGAUGCUGAAUUCAAAUUCUGGUCUGCAUGGUUCCAAAGACUGUAAUUUUCCACUGAGCCAUACUAGGAAAUUAAAAAGGUCAUCAUCUGGGGGCUUUGGGGUGGAAAUGUUUGGAACGGGACCGAGGGGAAUCCUGGUGGGAAAACCUCAGGAAGGGCUGUGUGUUGGCCAAGGAUACAGGAGAAAGGAUGGCUCACUUCCCAAGCCCUCUCUCAGUGCCUGGCCCAGCUCGGUGGUACCGGCUAAAAGUAAUGUGACGCUGCGAUGCUGGACUCCUACCAAGGAUGUAAACUUUGAUCUCAGAAAGGGAGGACACAUUGAGUCCUCACAAUCACCUGAUUCUGCAGAGGGCCUGGCUGAAUUUCACCUCACUGAUCUGAAAACCAGUCAUGCUGGAGAGUACACGUGUCAAUACUACAGAAGAGGGAGACCCUACGUAAGUUCACAGCCCAGUGAUGUCCUUCUACUGCUGGUGACAGGUGGUUUAUCUAAACCUUCCCUCCAAACCCACCAAAGUGGUAAUGUGACCACAGGAGAAAAGGUGACCCUGCAGUGCCGGCUGCCAGAUAUUUUUCAGGGGUCUGUAAAGUUUGCUCUGCUGAAGGCAGGAACUUCAAUGCCCGUCCAGACCCGGAGUCCAAAAUGGAAGGAGACAGACUUCUCCCUUCAGAAUGUAACAGUCAACGACACUGGAAACUACAGCUGUGUGUACUACCGGACAGAGGAUCCUUUCCAGGCCUCAGACCCCAGUGAUCACCUUGCGAUCUGGGUGACAGAACUCCAUCUUCUAGAUAAAACUGAAAGGAAGUCUUCUGAGAAAGCAGAAACAGGACAAGAGACCUUUGGGAUCAUCUUCAUUGUCAUCUUUGUCUUCCUCUUCCUUCUCGGAUCCUUCCUCAUCUACAAAUACACCGGCUGUGGGGCAGCUCCUAACCAGAUGACCACAAGCUCCUUCUCUUCUAAUGAACCUGAAGAAUUGAUGACAAGUAAUCAACCCGGGAAAGAAAGUGGUGACACAUCUACAGCUAUGAAGAGCUGCUCUCCUGACUUGGAUGAGGGAUCUCAGGUCUCAAGAGCUGAAGAGCUCCAUGGAGUGACUUAUGCUGAGCUAGACACCAGAGCCCUACGCGAGGGCCCUUCCAGCAAGAAGAAGCAGUCUCUGGAAACCUGUGUGUACUCAGCCCUUAAGACAUAGCCAGGAGAAGAUCUGGAGCCUGAAAGAAAGAACUGCUGGAAAGGGACUGGAUGAUGGGGAAGAGGUCUCUUGGAAGACUAGGGACAUGGGGAUCCCUUUCAUCAAAUCUCUAAUGAAGACUUGUUUAUUUCUCUUUUUUUUGGUUUCCCUCUCUAAAAAAUUUAUUUUUUUAAAGUGAGAGGUACCGUUUACCUAGAGUAAUAUGACAAGGAGAUAACUCAAGAUGGGGGUGCUGGUCAUGCCAGGCAAACCAACCAUGUGAUUAGAGGGUUAGGACUUUGAGCCAGGAGAUAUCAGCCCAACCUCUGGGGGGAAAAGGGAGGCUGGGGAUAGAUUCAAUCAUGUGGACAGUGGUUCAAUCAAUUACACCUAUGUGAUGAAACCCCAAUGAAAACUCUGGACACUGAGGCUCGGGGGAGUUCCCUGACUGGUGACACACAUUGAUGUUCUGAAAGGGUGGGUGGCAUAGUCUGAGAAUAUAGGAAGCUUCCCUUUGGGGGCUGGCCCAGACCUCACCCUAUGUGUCUCUUUGUUUAGCUGGUUCUGGUUUGUAUCCUUCACAAUAAAAUUGUAAUAAUGAGUAUGGCA